AUGCCUCUACAGCUAGACCACACAAUCGUACCAGCCUACGACAAGGUGAAGUCCGCGAAGUUCAUAGCCCGUAUCUUUGGAUUGGAAUACGAAGGGACCUGGGGACAUUUCGCCCCGGUCAAGGUCAACGACACGUUGACGCUCGACUUCGAUAACUCGGAUGACCCACGCUCCAACCACUACGCCUUUCUGGCUUCGGACGAAGAGUUCGAUGCGGUGCUUGAGCGCGUCGAAGACGAGAGCAUCCCCUUCGGGAGUGGCCCCGGCUCUCGGACGGAUGGCAAGAUCAACCACAAGCACAAUGGACGCGGGUUCUACUUCGACUGCGAGAACGGACACGUGUGGGAGGUCAUCACCCACACAUAUAUCACCGAUUAG